CUGCAUUCCCAGCAAUGAGCAGCAGCCACUCAGCCGGCCGCCAUAUUGAACUGGGAUUUUUUUUUUUUUUCAUUUUUUUGCGCUUGUUGCCACCAGAAGCUUUAAGUGAGACCGGAGGAGGCCGGCGAGGCGGUGGGGAGACGCACCAGGGUCCGGCGGCACCGGCAUCGGCAUUGCCCUGUCCGGCGCGGAGGCGCUCGGGAUAAAAAAAAAAAAAAACAAAAAACUAACAGAUCGUUAUAAUCCGUGCAUAAAAAGGACAAUAUUCCCCUUCUGCGUUGUUAAAGAAAAGCCUGGCGCAUGGACAGAAAUUAAAAAUGGGAUUAUAAAAAAAGGGGGAAAGGUUUCCUCAGCUGGUCAGAGGAGGGGCUUUCGGGGCUGUAACACUGCGGGUGAUGGUUAUAGUGGAAGCCCGGAUCUGCUUUGCUCGCCAGCCUGCGGUGUCUGUUUGGGGGGGUUUAAGCGAUUAGCAGGGAGCAAAACGGUCGGAUUGUCAUUUGCGAUCUUUAUCAAGAGGAGAUAUAAGGAAGGAUAAGAGGCCGUGGCCGGGUUGAGUGAAGCGGCCGGCCGGAGCGGGGUCUGUGUGUCCCCAGCCCCGGUCAGUCCGAAGGGGAGCAGGAAUUAAGACUCUAAUGGGUAAAAUGACGGAUUGGCAACCUGCCCCCCAUCCCGCUUCUGAAGAUGUAGUUUGCUGGCAGAGUUGAUUCUUUUUUAACGCCUUAUGAUUAAAACUGGGGGCGUCAUGAUCCGCGUCGGGUAGCGGGCUUGGCUGCGUCGUUGCCCGGCGUGAAAGCGUCCCGAGCGGUAACCAGAUGCACUUUUUCGUGUUUCGACGUUAGACCGGGUGUUUCCCCCCUCGAUCGUAUUUUUUCUCAUUAAAAGAGUGGAGGUGUCCUGCGUAAGUUUGGCAGCCAUGUCGGGAGAGGUGCGCCUGAAGAAGCUGGAGCAGCUGCUGCUGGACGGGCCGGCUCAGUGUGCCGGGCAGCGCUGCAGCGUGGAGACGCUCCUCGAUGUCCUUCUCUGCCUCUACGAUGAAUGCAGCAACUCGCCGCUUCGCAGGGAGAAAAACGUGCUCGACUUCCUCCAUUGGGCUAAGCCGUUCGCCUCCAAAGUUAAGCAGAUGCGACUUCGCAGGGAUGACUUUGAGAUCCUCAAGGUGAUUGGCCGUGGAGCGUUCGGCGAGGUGGCUGUGGUGAAGGUGAAGAACACAGACAAGGUGUUCGCCAUGAAGAUCCUUAACAAAUGGGAGAUGCUGAAACGUGCCGAGACGGCCUGUUUUCGGGAGGAACGGGACGUGCUGGUAAAUGGGGACAGCCAGUGGAUUACGACGUUGCACUACGCCUUCCAGGAUGACAACUACUUGUACCUGGUGAUGGAUUACUACGUGGGAGGGGACCUGCUGACAUUGCUCAGUAAAUUUGAGGACCGGCUGCCGGAGGAAAUGGCACGAUUCUACCUGGCCGAGAUGGUGUUGGCCAUAGACUCGGUGCACCAACUGCACUACGUCCACAGGGACAUCAAGCCGGACAACAUCCUGAUGGACGUGAACGGUCACAUCCACCUGGCCGACUUCGGCUCCUGCCUGAAGCUGACAGAGGACGGGACGGUCCAGUCCUCGGUAGCGGUCGGCACGCCGGACUACAUCUCCCCGGAGAUCCUGCAGGCCAUGGAGGACGGCAAGGGCAAGUACGGGCCUGAGUGCGACUGGUGGUCGCUGGGGGUGUGCAUGUACGAGAUGCUGUACGGGGAGACGCCCUUCUACGCGGAGUCACUGGUGGAGACUUAUGGCAAGAUCAUGAACCACAAGGAGCGCUUCCAGUUCCCGCUGCACGUCAGCGACGUCUCGGAGGACGCCAAGGACCUGGUCCGCCGCCUCAUCUGCUCGCGGGAGCACAGGCUGGGCCAGAACGGCAUCGAGGACUUCAAGCGGCACCCCUUCUUCUUAGGCAUCGACUGGGACAACAUCCGCUGCUGCGAGGCCCCUUACAUCCCCGAGGUCAGCAGCCCGUCGGACACGUCCAACUUCGACGUGGAAGACGACUGCCUCAAGAACUCGGACACCAUGCCCCCCCCGUCCCACACCACCUUCUCCGGACAUCACCUUCCCUUUGUGGGCUUCACCUACACCAGCAACUGCGCCCUUUCGGACCGGGGCUGCCUGCGCGAGUCUGCAGUGCCUGCGCAGAUGGACGUGAGAGUGCAGCGCAGCUUGGAGGAGAGUCUGGCCACGGAGGCGUAUGAGAGGCGACUGCGGCGGCUAGAGCAGGAGAAACUGGAGCUCAGCCGCAAGCUUCAAGAGUCCACCCAGACCGUCCAGGCAUUACAGCACUCCAGCGGAGAUGGACCUGUAGCGGCCAGCAAGGAGGUCGAGCUCCAAAGCCUGAAAGAGGAGAUUGAGGCCCUGAAGAAACAAAUAGCAGAAUCUGGGCAGCUGGAGCAGCAGCUGGAGCAGGCUAGCUCAGCUCACAAGGACCUGGAAGAGUCCUCCAAGCACAUCAGAGCCCUGGAGAAGCAAGUGAAGAGCAUGAACCAGGAGAAGGAUGACAUUCAGAAGGAGCUGCUGGAGGUCAACAACGUGCUGAAGUCACAGGCCAAGGAGCUGAAGGAGGCACAUAGCCAGAGGAAGUUGGCCAUGCAGGAGUUCUCCGAGAUGAGCGAGCGCGUGACGGAUCUGCGCUCCCAGAAGCAGCGGCUCUCCCGCCAGCUCCGUGACCGCGAGGAGGAGUUGGAGGGUAUGUCGCAAAAGGUGGAGGCACUGCGAGUGGAGGUGCGCAAGGCCGAGAGGGCACGCAAGGAGAUCGAGGUGCAGGCGGAGGAGAGGGCCGACGAGGCGCAGAAGGAGAAGAAGCUAAAGGAGCGAAGCGAGCAGUUCAGCAGACAGCUAGAGGAGGAAAUGGAGGUGCUGAAGAAGCAGGCUGGCCGUGCACCUGGAGCGGGAGCCUCCGAGCAGAACCAGGAGCUGGGCCGGCUGCGGACGGAGCUGGAGAAGAAGGUGACCUCCUAUGAGGAGGAGCUGUCCCGGAGGGAGGCGCAGCACACCGGCGAGCUCAAGGGCCUCAAGAAGGAACUGCGAGAUGCUGAGGCCCAGCACCUGACCCUCAAGAAGGAGAUCAUGAUGCUGAAGGACAAGCUGGAGAAGAUCCGGCGGGAGAGCCAGAGCGAGCGGGAAGAGUUCGAGGCGGAGUACAGGCAGAAGUACGAGAGGGAGAGGGUCCUCAUGUCGGAGGAGAACAAGAAGCUGUCAGGGGAGCUGGAGAAGAUGACGUCCAUGGUGGAGACACUCGGCUCCACUAACAGACAGCUGGAGGAGGAGAUGCGGGAUGUGGCAGACAAGAAGGAGAGUGUGGCCCACUGGGAGGCCCAGAUCACUGAGAUCAUCCAGUGGGUGAGUGACGAGAAGGAAGCCAGGGGCUACCUGCAGGCCCUGGCCACCAAGAUGACUGAGGAGCUGGAGACCUUGCGGAGCGCAAGCCUCGGCUCCAGGGUCACGGACAUGCCCUGGAAGAUGCGCCGUUUCGCCAAGCUCGACAUGUCGGCCCGACUGGAGUUGCAGUCCGCGCUCGACGCAGAGAUCCGGGCCAAGCAGGCCAUCCAGGACGAGCUGAACAAAGUCAAGGCGUCCAGCAUGUCCACGGAGUGCAAGCUGCAGGAUUCUGAGAACAGGAACCAGGAGCUGGUGUCUGAAAUUGAGAAGCUGCAGAAGGAGAUGGAGGAGCUUCGGACGGGGAGGGGUGUGAAGCUCCAAAGUACCCAUAAUUCCUUGCUGGCCUUCCUGAACACCCCCUCCUCGGCCCUGGAUCAGUUCGAGCAUUCCCCGGCCUCUUAUCCAGCCACCAAAAGCAGACGUGCUGACUCCAUGGAGACCUUCAGCCUGUCCAACACCCCGUCGCGGGACGAGGAGACACGCUCUCGCCUCCUGUCCCGCUCGCGGUCGCCCUCUACUGCCAGCGACUUGGAGCCAAUUGAGCUGAUAGACCAAUCCCCUACCACGACACAGACUCCGAGCACGCGGCCGGGGUUCAACAGGGCGAGUCUUGCCUCUCCUAAGCCGAAAGUGCACCAGUUUGUGGUGAAGACCUUCAGCGUCCCCACGAAGUGUAAGCAGUGUACCUCCGUGAUGGUGGGCCUCAUCCGACAGGGCUGCGUCUGUGAAGUCUGCGGCUUCUCGUGUCACGUGACCUGUGCCGACAAGGCCCCGGCGGUGUGCCCCAUCCCUCUGGAACAGACCAAGGGCCCUCUGGGCGUCGACCCACAGAAGGGCACUGGCACUAUAUUUGAGGGGCACGUGCGGGUGCCAAAGCCGGCCGGGGUGAAGAAGGGCUGGCAGAGGGCCGUGGCUGUGGUGUGUGACUUCAAGCUCUUCCUGUACGAUCUGGCGGAGGGCAAGGCCUCGCAGCCCGGAGUGGUGGUCAGCCAGGUCAUCGACAUGAGGGAUGAAGAGUUCUCUGUCAGCUCUGUCUCUGCAUCCGAUGUCAUCCACGCCAGCCGGAAGGACAUUCCGUGCAUCUUCAGGGUAACAGCCUCCCAGCUCUCCACCUCCAGCCGACGCAAGUGCUCCAUCCUCUUCCUGGCCGACAGUGACCUGGAGAGGAAGAAGUGGGUGGAGAUUCUCAAUGAGAUCCACCGGCUGCUGAGGAAAAGCAAGCUGAAGGAGCGCUUCGUCUACGUGCCCAAGGAGGCGUACGACAGCACGCUGCCGCUCAUCAAGACCGCGCAGUCAGCCACCAUCAUAGACCAUGAACGGAUUGCCCUGGGAAAUGAGGAAGGCUUGUACGUCAUCCACAUCACCAAAGACGAGAUCGUUCGGGUCGGCGACAACAAGAAGGUGCACCACAUCGAGCAGCUCCCCUCCGAGCAGCUGCUGGCCGUCAUCUCGGGCCGUAACCGCCACGUCCGCCUCUUCCCCAUGUCGGCGUUGGACGGCCGCGAGGUGGACUUCCACAAGCUGCCGGAGACGCGGGGCUGCCAGGCGUUGGCGUCCGGGCCGCUGCGCAGGGGCGCCCUCGCCUGCCUGUGCGUCGCCAUGAAGCGGCAGGUCAUCUGCUACGAGCUCAGCCGCGGUCGCACGCGUCACCGCAAGCUCCGCGAGAUCCAGGCGCCGGCCUCCGUCCAGUGGAUGACGCUGUUGGGCGAGAGGCUCGUCGUGGGCUACCAGGGAGGCUUCGCCCGCUACGGCCUGCAUGGGGAGGCGGCGCCCGUCAGCCUGCUGCACCCCGAGGACCCCACCCUGGGCUUCGUCAGCCAGCUAGGGCUGGACGCCCUCUGCGCCGUCAGCGUCUCAAGCAAAGAGUUCCUGCUGUGCUUCAGUGGCGUGGGCAUCUACGUGGACGCACACGGCCGGAGGUCACGCCAGCAGGAGCUCAUGUGGCCGGCCGUACCCACUUCCUGCUGCUACAACGCCCCCUACCUGUCAGUGUACAGUGAGAACGCCGUGGAUGUGUUUGAUGUUAACACGAUGGAGUGGAUACAGACCAUCCCUCUAAAAAAGGUGAGGCCUCUCAACAUGGACGGCUCUCUGAACGUCCUCGGCCUGGAAACGGUGCGACUCGUCUAUUUUAAGAACAAGAUGGCAGAGGGUGACGAGCUGGUGCUGCCCGAGACGUCUGACACCACCCGCAAGCAGAUGGUGCGCAGCCUCAGCAACAAGCGCCGCUUCUCCUUCCGCGUGCCGGAGGAGGACAGGAUCCAGCAGCGGAGGGAGAUGCUCAGAGACCCGGAGAUGAGGAAUAAGCUCAUUUCCGGCCCCACCAACUUCAACCACAUCGCCCACAUGGGGCCCGGCGAUGGCAUCCAGAUCCUGAAGGACCUGCCCUUGCCAUGUUCCCCUCCCCCCUCGCCACAACUGAGUCUCAUCUCCGCCCCUGCCGGCUUUGAGCACGUCUAUCACAUGACUGUCCGCUCUGCCGAGAUCUUCCUGUCCCACGACUGCCCGCCCCUCUCCUCCCAUUCUCGGUCCGUGCACUCUGUCCCCGGGACUCCAGUCUCCGUCUGCUCUCGGAAUGUCCGUUCCCAGGAGAGCCGCUCAUUCAGCGGCUCCGUCAGCAUCCCCUCCAUGGCCAAGGCGCGCCCUGAGCCGGGCCGAUCCAUGAGCGCCAGCAGCGGCCUGGGCACCCGGUCCACGGCCCAGAAUGGCAGUGCCCUUCGGCGCGACCUGUCCAGUAGCAGCUACGGCUCGCGGCGACAGGCCACCACAUCACCCUCCGAGGGUUCGCUGUCGUCGGGCGGGGGCAUGGACGCGGGGGCAGACACCCCCGUCUCGCAGUUCGACAGAGAGUGGCAGGCUGUAUCGCCAUCGGAGAAGACCCCCGAUAUGAAAAGGGCGUUACGGACACUGCUUAGUAAGAUGAAGGACUCGGACUCCCCGCGGCACUCAACAGCCUCCAACAGCUCCAACAUGAGCAGCCCCCCCAGUCCCGCCUCCCCACACAAAACCAAGUCCCUCUCGCUGGAGAGCACAGACCGAAUGGGCUGGGAGACAUGAGCGGAGAUCUCCGGCCCCCUCCCUCCCCCCCUGGUCUCCGCAUUGAUCGCCCCGCCCCUCUCCAGGCAACGGGCGGUGACUAGUUGUUAGCACCUUGUUUUUAAAAAAGAAAGUUAUUUUUGCGCUACAACCAGCAGGCUGGGAGAAGGAGCCCCUCAGAUCUAAUCAGAAAGCUGGCAUGAACGUGUGUGUGUGCAUCAGGAGGAUGAGUAUCAGCAGUCAUCGGUGAGAGUACAGAUUAAGCAGCUAAGCGCUAACUUUCUCUAGCUGCCACCAGGGGGAGUACUGUCACUUCAUGUUAGUGAGGAAAACCCAUAGCUGAAAAAAGAAAUUGUACAUGCAUAUUACUCCCAUUGUGAAGAGUAAGAUCAGAUUGAGGCAGUCUCAGAACCCCGGGCUGGAAGAUGAGAUGAACAGCCACUGGAAAUUUGUGGGAAAUUUGAGAGGACACAUCCGGACAUCCGAAGGCCCACGGACUAAAAGCAACAUGGAAGACUUGCCUGCCAUCACUCCUGUCUUUUUUUUGUUUUUUUUAAGAAAAAAAAAAUUGCUCACAAACUUCAGCUUGUCUCGUUUUUAAAUAGGGAUGACUGCCUCGGAGGGGGGCUGGUAGUAAUGCCUCGUAAGUUACCCUGGAAAUAAAGGCCAGCGUUAUCUUUUUAAAAUGAUAGUGGCCGAUAGCAGCCGGGCAUUGUGUAGUAGCAUCACUGCUUCAGUCACCUGUCAAUCAAACCUGUGUCCCGCCCACUGCAUGGCAAAUCACCUCCAGGUAAGAGAGGCCGCCCUGUCAUUCAAGAGCAGGCAGGAGUAGGUUCUUCCUUAUUGAUGUACAUAAAUGUUAAGUAGAGUAUAAUAUAUUGCAAGAAAAAAAUUAUUGUAAACCUGCAAGAGCAAAUUUCGCUUUUUGGGUUUUCUAAUUUGGGCCUUUUGUUUUUAUUUUUGCCAAGAAUUUAUUUUGUCCUAAGUUUAGAAGUGUUUUGAAUCAUUCUUUUUUUUUUUUUAACCAUCUUUUAGAUUGCUUUGUUUUAUAAGGCUUAUGGGGAAAUGAUUCGAUUCCUGCCAGUUGGCGUUUGAAAUUUCUGGUCAAACUUGAGCUGAGCAUUUGAGGGAAUUAUUAUAUAUAUUUUUUGGCAUCAUUUAGACACAAGAAGGAAGCUGCACUGUAGGCAGACGAAACCUUGGUGCGUAUGCGCGUGCAUGUGCGCGCACGUGGGGGGCUUGUUUGCCUCUCUCCUACCCCCUGUGUGCUUCACGUGUUUAUCACAGAAGCAACAAUGCUGUUUCCAAAGAUUAUUUAUUUAUUUUUAAUUAGUUAGGCGACUGUGAGAUUCCCUCUGUGUUUUUGCCCCAUUAAGGGCUCAGUUCAUUUCUGGUUUUUUUCAGUACACAGUAUAUUUAUUUCUUUUCUAUUUACUAAAAAAUGAACUCUUGAACACUACGAUGUAUGAGGUUGUGUUUACUGUCCAUGGUGCAGAAUCGUAAGGAGUUUUAAUUAGCCACGUGCAUAGGCUGGGGCUGAGCCAGUGUUGGAGGGUAGGUGUUAAAUUGGGUGGACUGGGACAGGCCAAUGCUAUGGGCCAUCCUUGUCACUAGGGGGCGCCAGCACUGUUCUAUGGCAGCAGCCAAACGUUGCCUACCGUAGAGUAAUGUUAGGACAUGCAGACAACGCAGUGACCAAAAUGUAUGCGUGUGGGGUCCCGCCCCCCUUCAUGGUUUUAGUUAACUGGACAAAGAAAAAAAUUGACUUAAACUGACAUUAAUUUAUUUAAACUUAAUGCAGAGGCAGGUGUUCAAGCAUUACCUGGAUUUUGUUUGCUCCUGUUAAUGUUAUGUGAUAAAAAUCUGCUUUAAAGUGGACAGAUAAUGCUAAAGGAGAUUAGAGCAGGAAAUCAGUAUUUAAGAUAUAUCAUGAUUACAUAUCCGGUGAUAAUGGAAUUUUGCAUUUCAAUGCAGCAGAGUUUUCUCACAAGCAGAAGACCUGUUUGUAUUGAAUGUCAGAUGUAAACAGGAUUUAGGGAGGACAGUGUUUGUUCUCUGGCUUACUUUUCAGAUGUAAGGUUUAAUACACAUUUUCCGCUGAAUGGAAGGGGUGUGUUUGAGUUUACAGUUGCCAAAUAAUAGUGACUUAGUAAAUGAUUAAAUCCAUUCUUUUGGAGGUGGCAGUCCAGUACUGUUCAAUUUCUGCUGUUAGUAUUUAACCCUCCUAGGCUGUGUGUGGAUGUGUGUAUAUAUAUACACUUAUACACACACACACACACACACACACACACACACACACAAGUAAAUAUUUCUCCCGUAGUCACAGAUACAUUUUCUCUGACCAGGAGUGUAAUUGGCUGGAUUUUUUUGUUUAACGAGCAAGAAAUCCUUAAUAUGUUAAACUCAGGAAUGUGUGAACCAAUGAUUAUUUAAUGCAGUAACUAAAUUAUAAGAUGCACUACACAGGAGAGCAAUUGUAGUGUAGCUGUGGAAAAAGUAAGACAAUUUGUGUUUUUAACAUUGUAAAAUAGAAAUGAAUAAUGGCUAUAAUGGACGGUGUGUCUUAAUUUAAGUGAUUCUGGGUAAUGGUGUUAAUAGGAAUGUAAAAAUAGGACAGUCAGGUGAUUAGGGACCAGUUUUACUGAGAGUCACAUUCUCAGUUCACUGACGUUUCAUUUGCUACCCCCCUCGCCCUCCCCAGCAUUGUUUUUGCCAAUUCUUUUCUUUCUAAGAAUAUGUACAGUUUUGCAUUUAGUGCAUUUUCACUUUUUUUUUUUGUUGGAAUUCCUUUCACGGUCCUUUUUUCUGCCGUUUCAUUGAGUUGGACGAUUCCCACUAGAGGUUUUUUUUUUCCACACAAAAAAAAGUUAGAAUGACAAAAAAAAAUGUAUGGGAUUAGCUGCCACUUUUUUGUGGAAAUUCAUUAUUGUAUUAACCUGACGUUGAUGUAUUUCAAUAAAGGGGGAAACUGUUGCAA